AUGAAGGGCAGACUCGCAAGAGCAGUUUUGCUUGCCUUUCUACUGACGGUCACCAUGGCUUCUGAUGACGACAGCCUUUGCUUGUUGGGCGGUAUCCCCAGAUCCUUGCGGAAAAACUUAACGACUGCAAAUGGUAACUCCUUGGCCGUGGGGCUCUGGGUUUGCCAAUGGCCGGCAGCCUUUUUAUUGUCCGCCAUGUUGCAUAUUUUGAUGGAGGAGAAGAUUGGCUACAACGUGCUUGUGACGGGGCAGGGGCCAGGUACGACCACCGCCUUCUAUGCCUUGACGGGCUGUGAGACACCCAACGACGUGAAUGAUGCAGGAUGUGGAGAUGGGCCAACUGGGACGAUCCACCAUGUAAGCAUUGAGGGUUGGACUCUUUACUAUCCGACCGUUUGGGACGCGAUCCAGAAGGAUUAUCCUGCAACCGCACCAGUGAGUUUUGGCGGCGCUUGGAACUUGGGUGGCUCUGGCUACUAUGGCAGGGAGUCAAUGUACUUGCAAGCCUCCACGGUCGCGACCGCUUUAGACACCGAUGGAGCUACUUUGGACUUCUUCCGCAGCUACAAUGUGUCAUGGCAUGACCAGUCGAAAUACUUCGGGGGCAUCAGCAGCGUCAACACCAGUCUCUUGAAGCCAUGUCCGGAGACACGUUUGGUGGUCCACGAGGUGAUGCAGUUCUACGCGGAUUUCACGGGGGACCACGAUGGUGUCGAAACGGUGCAAAACAAAACCCGCGGAAAAUGCUGGGAUGGAUAUUUCUGGCUCCCACCGGCCUGCCGGACUGACCGCAGCAAGUGCAUUCUCUUCGUGACGGGAGGCGCUGGAUGGACGAUCGAAGGCACCAUGCAAAAGGCCACAGUGUGGAACAUGCCCAUCGCGCCCAUCGUGGCAAAAGAUUGGGGCAGCUUUGUGGACCUCCCCAAACAGGUGGCAUGCCUCUUCUACUGGUGGGAGCCAGAUCCCACUUUCCUGCUUUUGGAUCCUACAGAGAUGACCUUUCCAGCGCACCUGAAGCAAGAAUGGUCCCAAGGGAUCCAAACCUCUGCCGGGCAACAGGUUCGCAUUGACAAGUACGUCAGCUACGACUUGCAGGACCUUGCUCCGAAUAUUGUGGCCUUGGUGCGGGCCAUGGAUAUUGACAUGACAGAGGUUCAGGAACUGAUGAUGGAUCAGCUCAAUUCCGGUGAUGAUGCAACAACAGUGGCUUGCAGAUGGCUGCAAGGUCGCCAAAAUGUCUGGCAGCCAUGGUUGCCCGACUCCUCGAAGUGCUUCCCACAAUUCGGCCUCUACAAAGAGGUCACCAGCAGCUUCGUUCAAGACCGCAAUGAUCCAGCCGGGCUAAUUUGCAGAGCUUGUGAGUCUGGAUUCUUCUCAGUGCAGCUGGAGGAUGAUAAGGGUACAACACAUGUGUGCAAGCCGUGCACCCCAGGCUCUGCCCAACCUUCAGGGGCCGCUAUCGCGUGUGAUCCUUGUAGCGCUGGUGAAUACCAAGAUGCAUUUGGGCAGGCAGUUUGUAUGCGUUGCCCACAAGGCAGCUACCAGGACAGGAAGGGACAAAGCCACUGCAAAAGGUGCCCGGUCGCAACAAGCACCUUGGGCCUUGGAUCCAAUGGGCCUGAAGAGUGUAGAUGUGAAGCUGGCAGCAUUAACAUGGAAAGCAACGGUCUCCGCUGUGCGUCUUGUGGAGAAGGCAUGGUGUGCCCUUUUGCAUCAACUGUGGAUGCAUUACAAAACGGCACUUCCGAUGCGAGUGAGAAGUAUAUAGCAAAGAUCGCAGAGGGCUACUACAGCCGUGUGGACAGUCCAACGAGUAUCUUCAAAUGCACCGAAAAGAGGCGUUGUCCUGGCGGUCUGGCAGGAACCUGCGCGGGAGGUCUGAUCAACGCUCCGUGUGCAGAAUGCCCUCCUGGGCAAACGUGGAGCGGUGACAAGUGCGUGGGCUGCGAUGCGCUUACGACAGCAUUUUGGUGGGUGGUUCCUAUCCUGCUUCCGUCUAUAGUUGCAGUGUCCUACUACGUGACCAACCCAAAGGUGACAGCAAAGGCAUCCACUCGACAAGCGGCAUCAGCAGGCGUUGCUUUGUUCAUUUUAUUGGUACAGACCGUGAGCAUCAUGGCUUCGACCACCAUCCCAUGGCCCGACAAUUUCAAAACCUCGGCAAUUCCUCUGAGAAUCUUCAUGUUUGAUCUUGAAAGUGUGUCCUUCUCCUGCUUCAGCACUUUGACCAUCGCCGGGCGAUACACCCUCAGCAUUUCCGGUUUUCCAAUGCUGGUACUUUGGCUAUGGCUAUGCUUUGCGAUGUCAAAGUUGCCUCCGUUCCAGCGGCUUCGCUGGGAGCAGUUCAAGACAUGGAACGCACUCGGGAGUUUGUUGCAAAUGAGCUAUGGUCCGAUGAGCGCGCUGGCUUUGCAGCCCUUCAUGUGCUACUCCCACCCCAAUGGUUUGCGAAGCCUUCUGAAUCAGCCCAGCCUUUUUUGCGGCGAAGAAGAGCACAUGGCGAUGUUGAUCGGGGGUUCCCUGUUGCUGAUGCUGUUUGUUUUUGGGUUUCUGGCCGUGUGCACGGUGGCUGCAUGGAAAAUGCCCAAGUGGAUCGCCAGGCUGCUGCGAGUGGAGACUUGGAAGCAGACCGCCCGACCCGGACAAUAA